UGCCAUGUCGAAACACUCUGCAGCCUCCAAAGCUCACGCCGAUCGAGUAGCCACGAUAUCUCAAACUGUGAAGUCGUUCUAUGAUCAGAAAAUCCCAUUCCGAAUUUUCCAUGGGUCCUCUAACUCAACCCGUGUGGCGGCUCGGCAACCCAUCAUCGAUAUUUCUAAACUGAACCAUGUGAUCGCCAUCGACGCGACUAGGAAGAUCGCCUUAGUUGAGCCUGGAAUCGCUAUGGACGAGCUUGUCAAAAGUCUACUUGCGCAUAAACUUUUGCCGGCGGUGGUACCAGAGUUUCCCGGGAUAACGGCCGGAGGCGCCUUCGCGGGCACCGCAGCUGAAAGCUCGUCGUUUCGGUACGGCUACUUUGACCAAACCGUCUCCGAAGUUGAAAUGAUCUUGGGCAAUGGGGAGGUUGUGCGAGCUUCCCCAGGUGAUAACUCCGACUUGUUCUUUGGUAGUGCGGGCGCAAUGGGCACUUUAGGAAUCACAACGCAGCUGGAGAUACAAUUGAUUUCGUGCGAAAGGUUUGUCGAGGUGACUUAUCGUCCAGUUGCCUCGCAAGAUGAAGCAUUGCGACACUUUAAGAGAGUCGGAAAUGAGGUGGACUUCACAGACGCAAUCAUGUUCUCAAACCGCCAUGGUGUGGUAGUCGAAGGGAAACUUGUGAAAGAAGGGGACAACAAAAGCCCUAUUACGAGGUUUACAAGAGCAAGAGACCCGUGGUACUUUACACAUGUGCACAAGAAGAUCCGGUGCGCCCCCGCUUCAGACGACUAUUGCUGUCUGACAUGUCAUUGGACCAAGAAAUCCCGUGUAUACCGCCAAGAUAACUCAACCAUGACUGAACUUGUUCCCGUGGAGGAUUAUGUGUUCCGCUACGAACGUGGGGUUUUCUGGAUGGCAGCGUACGGUUGGGCACCAAAUCUUUGGAAUCGGUGCACUCGUUUCUUCUUAGACCCUUUGUGGCAUACGCGAUUUCAAUAUCGUGUUGUGCAUCUCGUAGGUGGCACACCGCACAUCAUCCAGGACCUUGCCAUACCGGAACAGAACGCCGAGGGCUUCUUACAAUACUUGCACGACGACUUCAAAAUAUAUCCUCUAUGGCUGUGUCCAAUCAAGCACGACUCCCGACCUCCGAUGCACACGGCCCAAACAAAUACUGAUCCGACACGGAACCUUGUCAAUAUUGGAGUUUGGGGUUCUCCUAACUAUGGAUCGGAUUUCUUACGAGCGGAGACAUUCGAUCAGUUUAUCAAUUACAACAGGAAGAUUGAAGAAAAGGUCGCGGAGGUCGGAGGGUUGAAAUGGCUCUACGCAUGCAACUAUUACCAUGAAAGCGAGUUUUGGAAGAUAUACGACAAGGAUGAAUACGAUCAGUUGCGGCUGAAAUGGAAAGCAGAAAGACUACCCAACGUCUGGGAAAAGGUCAAGAGAAGCCAACAGGACUUAAAGCAGGUUACUUUAGAUCAAGUUCUCAAAGCUUUUCUAUAUGCCGGACUAGGGAUCGAUCGGCUUGGUUCAUAGGGACUUGAUUGGGAGGUUUCAUCUCAUUACUCGAAGCGUGCGAAGCUUUUGGUGUUGCGUUGCACGAUCCGCAUUAUCAUUUGCAGAGACGUUCAUUGUACGUGGUGACAAACUUGACGAGCAACCGUUUAUGAUCGCUAUUGGAAGGAACAGAAUCUUAUAUGAGCAAAUGCUGACUGCGU